CACGCGUAGCUUUGAGAUGGAUGGUCUCCACGGAGACGACGAGGCGCACACGUUCCCUCCCGUCCCCUACUUCUCGGCGCCGUCGACACCGCCGCCACUCGCGUCACCGCUGGCCUCAUCGUCGGACGGUCAGCACAGCCCGCUCGCCGCAGCGCUUCAGCAGCUGACUCCGCCGCCGUGGUCGUGUACUCCACCUGAUCUGACCCUUCAGUCGGGGAUGGGGGACGUGGACUGGUCGUCCCUGUUCAAGACGGGGCUGGUGGCUCCGCCGGAGCAGAAGGAGGAGGCCGUGCAGGCUGAUCAGAGUGGGGAGAACGACGGCGAGGCGGGUGGCAGUGGAAGUGGUAACAAGGAGAAGUCGAAGGCGAAGGGAAGCGCGGGGAGAUCGGGGAAGAAGAAGGCGAGCAAGCUGCGGUUCGCGUUCCAGACGAGGAGCGAGAACGAUAUCCUGGACGACGGCUACCGCUGGAGGAAGUACGGGCAGAAGGCCGUCAAGAACAGCUCCAACCCUAGGAGCUACUACCGGUGCACCCAUCCCACAUGCAACGUGAAGAAGCAGGUGCAGCGCCUGGCCAAGGACACGGCCAUCGUGGUGACCACGUACGAGGGUGUGCACAACCACCCGUGCGAGAAGCUCAUGGAGGCGCUCGGCCCCAUCCUGAAGCAGCUCCAGUUCCUCUCCCAAUUCUGAUCAUCACAACCACCCGUGCGAGAAGCUCAUGGAGGCGCUCGGCCCCAUCCUGAAGCAGCUCCAGUUCCUCUCCCAAUUCUGAUCAUCCGCAUCCGGCCGGCAAGCUUCCAUAAUAACCUAGUCAAGCCACAAAAAUACAUGUUUAAUACGUAUGUACCAGUUGCUGCCAACUUGUAGACUUGUAGGGGGGAGUAAAGGAGAAAAAAAAAAGUGCCUACUUCCUGAA